UAAUCGGCAGCGCGCAGGGAGCGAGCCGGCGGCUGGACCGGGCGGCUGACAUGGAGCGGGGCCGGUCCCGGGGCCGGUCCGGAUGGGCCCUGGUGCUCCUGGCCGCCCUCCCGCUGCUGCUGCUGCCCGCGGGCUGCGGGGCCAAGUACGUGACCGGGAACAUCAGCACCAAGGAGGACUGGGUGUUCCUCACCCGAUUCUGCUUCCUCUCUGACUAUGGACGCCUGGAUUUCCGGUUCCGCUACCCCGAGGCCAAGUGCUGUGAGAAUAUCCUGCUGUAUUUUGAUGACCCAUCACAAUGGCCGGCCGUCUACAAGCAGGGGAACAAGGACUGCCUGAUGAAAGAGUCUGUGAUUCGGCCGGAAAACAACCAGGUUAUUAACCUCACCACGCAGUAUGCCUGGUCGGGGUGCCAGGUGCUGAGCCAGGACUCCGUGCGGUACCUGAGCUGUGCCAGCGGCCGGAGUUUCCGCUCGGUUCGCGAGCGCUGGUGGUACGUGGCCCUCAGCAAGUGCGGGGGUGAUGGGCUGGAGCUGGAGUAUGAGAUGAUCCUGACCAACGGCAAAUCCUUCUGGACCCGGCACUUCUCUGCCGAUGAGUUCGGAAUCCUAGAGACAGACAUCACCUUCCUCCUCAUCUUCCUCGUCAUCCUCCUCAUCUCCUGCUACUUCGGCUAUCUGCUCAAGGGACGCCAGCUGCUCCACACCACCUACAAAAUGUUCAUGACGGCAGCCGGCGUGGAGGUGCUGAGUCUAGUCUUCUUCUGCAUUUACUGGGGUCAAUAUGCCUGCGACGGUGUCGGGAGCGGCAGUCUCAAGAUCCUGGCCAAGCUGCUCUUCUCUGUCAGCUUCCUCGUCUUCCUGCUGAUGCUAAUCCUGCUGGGGAAGGGGUUCACCGUCACCAGGGGCCGGAUCAGCCACACGGGCUCCAUCAAGCUGUCGGUGUACAUGACGCUCUACACCAUCACCCAUGUGGUCCUCUUCAUCUACGAGGCCGAGUUCUUUGACCCAGCGCAGGUGCUGUACACGUAUGAGUCGCCGGCCGGCUACGGGCUGAUCGCACUGCAGUUCCUGGCCUACGUCUGGUUCUGCUACGCCGUGCUCACCACCCUCAAGCAGUGCCCUGAGAAACAGCCCUUCUAUGUCCCCUUCUUUGCCGCCUACACCCUCUGGUUCUUCGCGGUGCCGGUCACAGCACUCAUCGCCAACUUCGGCAUCCCCCGCUGGGCCCGCGAGAAAAUCGUCAACGGGAUCCAGCUGGGGAUUCACCUGUAUGCGCAUGCCGUGUUCCUGAUCAUGACACGCCCCUCGGCUGCCAACAAGAACUUCCCGUACCAUGUGCGCACCUCACAGAUCGGCAUCGUGGAGGAGGGGGCGCCCGGCACCAAGUUCCCCCACCACGUCUACGGCAACGUGACCUUCAUCAGCGACUCCGUCCCCAACUUCACCGAGCUCUUCUCCAUCCCCCAGGGCCCGGUGGGGGGUGCCACCAACGCACGUGAGCAGGUGGAGGAGACGCCGACGGAGCGGAUGACGUCAGAGCUCAGCAGGCCCCAUGUGCUGCUGAAACCCCCCCUGGGGGGUGAGAGCCAGCCCCCCCCAUACCAGCUACAGGCCCCCCAGCUGCACCCCCCCAGCGGCUACACCGAGUACUUCAGCAUGCACACGGGGGGUGCACGGCCCGUCUAGGGGCCCAUCCCCCGUAGUCUGCCCCAGCCGCUGCAGACUGAGGGGGCCGGACCGCUACAGGCCCCCCCCCCAUCCAUGUAACCCCUUCCUCCUGGGUAGCUCCUUCAUGCCUCCCUCAUGGCCCCCAGCCUCCUGCCUCAGUGACCCCACGGGGCCCCCCCAGCACGGCUGCCCCCAGCGCGCUGAUGGGGCUGGAGUGGGGGGUGAGUGGCCUCCCAUGGGAGUGUCCCAGCUCCCCUUCCCCCCACAGUGUGGGGGGGCUGGGACUGAAUGAACAUGGGGGUUGAUCCCCACAACAGGGCUGGGAGCCCUCUCUCCCCCCCACCGUGAGCAUCGGCUGGGGACCCAACCCCCACCCACCCCUCCCCUGGCGCCUAUCGAGUGUGUGGGGGGGCAGUGCUCUUGUUACCAUUCCCUCCCAUACCCAGGCUACCUGUCCUCCCACCCCAGUCAACCCCCUCCCCAAGUUCCCUGUGCCCCCCAAGGACAUUGCCCCCCCAGCCCUUCCCCCACCCCCACUUCUGUGCCACAGAUUCUGGCGCCGAAAUUUCUGGAGUUGUUUUUGCCAAAAUAAAGAGGAUUCUUGUGUUUCUA